AUGAACAGGGACUGCAGUGCCCUCAUUCAACCAGGGGCACCUACAAAGAAGGAGGAUCCAGGGAGUUUCCACAUCCCUUGUGCCAUAGGAAAAACAAUGAUUGACAAAGGGCUUUGUGACUUGGGAGCAAGCAUCAAUGUAAUGCUUCUCUCCCUCAUGAAGAGGCUCCAAAUCAAUGAACUAACUCCCACUGAUGUAAUUAUCAGAUUGGAUGACAAAACUCAAAGACGAGCAAUAGGAGUGGUUGAAAAUGUGCUGAUAAAUGUUGGGAGCUACUACCUUCCCACAGAUUUUGUUGUUCUUGAAAUGGAUGAGAAUCCUAUCUACCCCAUCGUUCUGGGAAGACCAUUCCUAGCCACAGCCAGAGCACUCAUAGACGUAGAGCGAGGAGAGCUGGUACUGAGGAUACAUGAUGAGCAGCUCACCUUCAAUGUCUUUAAACCCUCACAAGAAUCAGAUCAUGAUAACAGAGAGUUGAUGGAGGAGCCAACCAAGGAAGCAUUGAUGCAAGAAACAAGCAGUGAAGUGGAAACAAUACAAGUAGAAGCCUCAUUGGUUGGAAAGCCAUGUGCUCAGGAAGAACCACAUCAAAAGGGGAUCCAAAAGAAACCAGAACCACCAGAGCCAUGCAAAGCUAGCAACAAAAAUCCCUUAGAGGAAGAAUUUGUAGAAAGCAAGAUAGCACUAAGAGAAACAAGGAAGAAAGUACCCAGAAGAUGGAGAAACAAGAAAAUUCCUACAGAAGAUUUCUCUCCAGGUGAUGAAGUGAUCUCUACACACUUCCCAACCAUACCACCUCACCUUCCCACUAUUCCAUCUCAGUUGCCCCCAGUGUAUACCAUCAAUAAAAUCAUGUCCUUAGAGCAUAUGGAGCUUAUCAACAAAGCUAAUGGACAUAGGUUCACUGCAAGAGGAGAGGACUUCAAGCACUAUCAGCCACCUUGA